AUGAUUCGGGGAUGCUUUUCAUCGACAAGGUGCGGUAGCACAAGGCAAUGGGCCCGUCAUAAUUCUUCCUUUCCUGUCCAUCAAUUCGCCGAGCUAGCCCGUCGUCCGGCAUCCCGGCACCAGAUCUACCAGUCAGUAUCGACAGACCCUUACGUCAAUCUCUCGAUUGAGCAUUUCCUGCUGGAAAAUGCGCCGGCCGACUCGAGCAUCCUCUUCCUUUAUAUCAACAAACCAUGCGUGGUAAUUGGUCGCAACCAAAACCCAUGGCUAGAAACCGGUCUUCACGCGUUAUACAAUGACCGCCGGGCGGAUUUCCCCGAAAAUGAUGAUGCGGUGUUUGUCCGAAGGAGAUCUGGUGGUGGCGCGGUCUUCCAUGAUGAGGGAAACCUCAACUAUAGCGUGAUAUCUCCUCGGACCUCUUUUACGCGCGACAAACAUGCGGAGAUGGUGGUUCGCGCGCUGCACCGCAUUGGGGCGGUCAACACGAGUGUCAAUGACCGACAUGAUAUCGUUAUCACGCCCCCGGAGGACCUGGCGCAGCGUGACGAUGAACCGCCAUUCCGAAAAAUCUCUGGCUCUGCAUUCAAGCUGACUCGCCAUCGAGCCCUCCAUCACGGCACGUGCCUGCUAGAUUCGCCGAACAUUCAUGACCUCGGCAAGUUUUUGCGGUCUCCGGCGCGAGGGUAUAUCAAGGCGAAGGGCGUGGACAGUGUGCGAUCACCCGUGGGGAACGUCUCGAGUGUGCUGGCAGACUCGUUCUUCUCCAUGCAAGCAGUGAUGGACAAUGUGGUGGAGGAAUUCGCCGGGUUGUAUAAUGUCAAUUCAGAUGCUGUUCGUCGCGCGCGCCGAGCCCGUGCAAUGGAGCCCGAAAUAUUUGCCGGUGACAGCUGGGUCUCGGGAACGGUGGGAGAUGUGCAAGGUGACCAGGAGCCGGAUAUUGGAAAAGGCAUUGCGGAGCUACGGUCUCUCGAGUGGAAAUACACACAAACUCCGCAGUUCACCUUUUCAACAUACCCUACUGAAGACGAUCCCCGGGAGCGCCCAGCAUUGCCUUCCUCGCUGCCUCCUUCUACUCGUGCAUUUCUGCGCCUCAAGUAUGGAGCAAUCAUUGAAAGCAAUAUUUCCGUCUCUUCAGAUGCAUACGUAGCUUCUGACCAAGCUACUCGUGUGCAUGAAGUCUUGAAUGGACAAAAGUUGCAUGAGAUGUCUGUCGAACGCUGGGCAGAUCUAUUACGGCAGGGUCUUGGUCCGAGUGGAGUGGAUGUUGCACAAAGGCUGGCAAACUACCUUGGUGACUUGCUUGGAGGACAUUGA